CGAUUCUUCCUGUGAGGUGAUUCGACCUGCGAUUGUCGCCGUGUCAACAAACCUGGGAAAAUUUGCGAUAUUUAGAGGUGCAACGAGCUGAGCUCCGUGCAAUAAGUGUAUGAGUUGUAGAAGAAAGUGUAUACGAAUUGUUGCAGAAAUGAAAGCAGUUUUGUUCAUACCACUAUUGGUGGUGGCAGCGUCAGCGACACCUCAUCUAUUCAAGAAAAAGCUCAUAAUCUCAUCGGAUAGCGACGCUGGCUACGGUGGAGGAGGUGGUGGCGGUGGCGGCGGAGGCUUCUCUAUCGGUGGUGGUGGAUUUGGAUUGAACUUCGGCGGCAGUCUUUUGGGAGGUCAUGGUCAAGGUGGAAGCUCGGGAUUCUCGUCCGCUGGAGGUUAUAGCGGUUCGAGUGGCGGUGGAUACGGUGGCAACGCCGGUGCAGGUUACUCACCUUCAUAUGAACAUGGCUCGCAGGGUCCCGUGAGUAGCCCCGGAGUGGUGUCGUCUGGACAUUCCAACGGAAAUAGCUUUGCGAGUGCUAGUGCCAGUAGCUUUGCAAGCGCUAGCGCCGGUACGCAAACUGGUGGAUAUUCAGGAAGUAGUGGCCCUGGAGGCGCUGUGGCUUAUACUCCGAAUUCGGCUGGUGGUCAUGCAGGCCAUGGGUCGGGAGGGCAUGACAGUGGGUUUUCUGGUGGUUCGGUAGGAUUCGCACCAAGCGGUGGUCAUGGAGGACAUGGAUCGGUUGGUUUUACGGCCUCUUCUGGCGGUCACGAAGGAGCAUGGGCUCAAGGUGGUUCUAGUGGGCAUGGUUUUUCCAGCGGCAGUGGAACUAGUGGAGGAUAUGGAGGAGGAAUCACGAAAGAGAUUGUUAUUACAAAACACGUGGAUCGACCUGUGCCAUCGAAACCGAUAGUGAUAGAAAAACCUGUGCCAGUUGAUAGACCAUACCCAGUUUACAUCGAAAAGCCAGUUCCUGUGACGGUGGUUAAAGAAGUUCCUGUAGAUAGGCCCGUUCCGAUUCCAGUUGGCGGAAGUAGUGGAGGAUCAUCAGGUGGUGGAAGUUACGCGACGGCCUUUGCAGGUGCCAGUAGUUACGCUGCCGGAGGUAGUUAUGGAGGUGGACAUGGGAAUGGAGGAGGUGGAUAUGGUAGCGGAGGAUAUGGAGGAGGUGGUUAUGGGGCAGGAGGUUUUGGCGCGGGAGGACAAGGAGAAGGUGGUGGCCAUGGAAUUAGGAAAACAAUUACUAUCGAGAAGAGUUUUGGUAAACCAAAGCAUCAUCACCAUGGAUGGUAAAUAAUCAACACAAUAGGUGGUAUAAUAUAUCGAAGAUAAAAUCUUAAGACGUAUUUUUGUACAAAUGAACACAUAUUCUAUCGUUUUUACAGUGCUAAUAAUGUAAAAAGAAUAAAAUGUUGAUUCUAAUAAUAAAAGAAAAGAUUGUUCUAUCA